AUGUUCAUAACUUCAAGGUCAUUAUAUAUUACUAAUUCUUGGAGGUUAACUCCGAGUCGAUUAUCUUCAUUAUUACAUAAUGUAACUCAUACGACAACGAUUCGAUUCAAUUCAAAUUCUCAAAGUAGAUGGGUUCAAAGAAGUAAAAAUGACGUUUAUACUAGAGAAGCUAAAUUGAAAAAUUGGAGGUCUCGUGCUGCAUUUAAGUUAAUGGAAAUUGAUGAUAAAUUUAAAUUAUUUAAUAAAGAUAUUAAACAAAAUGUUUUAGAUUUAGGAUUUGCACCUGGCUCUUGGUCUCAAGUGGCUCGUAAACGCACUAAUUCGAAAUCUAUUAUCAUGGGUGUAGAUAUCUUACCUUGUAAACCAAUUGAUGGUGUACAUGCAUUACAAGCAAAUAUCUUGUCAAAGACAACACACAAUAUGAUUAGAUUAUUUUUCAAUGAAAAAUUUAAUUUAAAUGAAGAAGAUAAACUGAAUGAAAAACUUGGUUACCUUGAUAAACCUUAUAUGAAUGGAAAAUCUGAUGAUUUAGAAAAAAUUUAUCCUGUUAAUAUAAUUAUUAGCGACAUGUAUGUACCUUACCCUAAAGAUUUUGAAAAUUCUAAUAAUUCGUCUAAUCUUACUAAUAUGCCAUAUUAUAGGCUGAUGAACACAUCAGGUGUUGCAAUAAGAGAUCAUUUGCGUUCAGUGGAUUUAUGUGAUGCAGCUUUGAUCACUGCAAUUGAUCUCUUAAGACCAAAUGGAAGUUUCGUUUGUAAAUUAUACACGGGACGUGAAGAACAUCUUUUUAAGAAAAGAUUGCACAAAGUGUUUAAAAAGGUUUAUAAAUUUAAACCAGAUUCUUCUAGAUCGAUGUCAAAGGAAGUAUAUUACGUGGGGCUGGAGAAGAAGAUCUCAAUUGAUAAGAUUGAUGUGUUCGCUACAUAA